AUGUCGGCGUCUUCAGCCAAACUCGAUUUCGUUCCAGCUAACGUGGGAGUAACUAGGUCAAACAUAUCAGUCAAUGGCUCAUCAGAUGGGGAUCCCACUAUAAGGAAACCCAUGCCUCUUUGGCGGAAAUUGGCAUUCGCUUCUGGAGGUCUUCCAAUGCAAAUGAUGCAGAACGUUAUCUCCUUCUUCCUCCCUUUAUUUCUCUUGGAGACUGUUAGUCUUGCUCCGUACUUCUUGUCCGUGAUACUCUUAGCUGCUCGGAUUUCUGAUGCUGUCACUGACCCUCUUGUGGGUAUGCUUGUUCUAAAAACGAAAAGUAGAUUUGGACAAAAGCGGCCAUGGAUCCUAUUUUCAACACCGGUAUUUGUGGCUUCCUUCUUCGCAUUAUUUUACGCAGUGUACUGGCCCGCUCCGGCGAAACUUUGCUUUUACCUAAUCUCCAUUAUUAUACUCCAAUUUGGGCUCACGUCUUUCCACAUUCCCUAUAGUUCUCUAACAAUGGUGCUUACUCAUAUUCCCGAGGAAAGGGAUCUUUUAACUGCAUUUCGCAUGUUUUCGGAGGUGUUGGCUAUUCUCUUCGGUGUGGCCGUCUUUGGGGCCAUCAUCGCACCUUAUCGCGUUGUCUCGAGUUGUGAGGAUUCAGUUUUUACCAAUGGCACCGUCGACACCAACUCAACCAAAGUUACAUUCACGUCUCAACCCUUUGUUCAUCCGGAUGCUAGGCGACGUGAGGCGUGGGCCUAUAUGACAGCCGCCUCAGUGACCUGCGUCAUAUGCGCAGUGGCAUCGCUCAUCUGCUUCUUCGGCACCCGUGAAGAAGGCAGCAAUCUUAAUGCCACCAUUGCUGGUGCUCAGGGGGAAGGUGAUGGAGACGGUGAUGAUACAACAACGGUGGGAUUCGUCACCGCGGUGCAGAAAGUCCUCACCAAUCCACCCUAUCUCUACCUCAUGGGUGCCUUUCUCUUCAUGUCUCUUGGCAUUCAGUUCCUGCAAGGCAACAUCGCACUUUUCAUAACUCACUCCUUGCACAUGAGCAACUACCUCAUUCCGGGUGUUCUGUGCCUCCUCGGUUUCACCAUCCUCCUUGUGCCCCUCGCCCAAGUGCUUCUUCGACACCUCGGCAAAAAGACCACAAUGGCCAUCGGCAUUGCUAACGUCAUUCCACUGUUGGUGCUGCUCAAUUUCAUUCCUGAACGGCCCUCUCUCUGGAUAUUCUUUGGAAUGAUGAUCUGGGCUUCCGUCACCAUCGCCGUUGCUAUGCUCCUACCAUGGUCAAUGCUGCCUGACGUGAUUGACGCCUUUCAGUUAAAGCACAACAUGCGUUUGGAGUCCAUCUUCUACUCUCUCAUUGUCUUUUUCAACAAAUUCGCUGUGGGUAUCUCCCUGGCAAUGUCGGCGGGAAUUCUGGGACUGGUUGGCUAUGACUCGUCCAGUAGUGCCUGUUAUCAGCCUCCGGCUGUGGGAAAGACCCUGCGGCUCCUAUCUUCUAUCGCUCCUAUUUGUUUUCUCAUCCCCGCCCUAAUCUUCCUCUAUUUCUAUCCACUGGGCAACCGAGAGUUGGAAGAAAUGCGAUCUAAAUUGCUACUGAGGUUCAGUCAUGGGCCUCCACUAACAAAACCAAUGAUUGAAGACAGAGUAAUGCUUGUUCUUCAGUUAUAUGACAAAAUUGAUCCCAAUAAGCUUACUCUCAAAUCUGAUCUUGCGAAAGAUUUCGGUCUGGAUAGUCUUGAUAUGGUUGAGGUCAAUGUGGCAAUGGAAGAGGAGUUUACCUUUGAUAUCCCCAGUGCUGAUGCCCAGCGAUUGCGUACUCCAUUCGAUAUUGUUCACUCGGAGUCGGAUGAGGAUUUACCUCCGGAGCUGCGAUACACAACGGAAGAGGUAAUGCGAGCUAAGGAGACAAAUCCAGGCAUGUUUGUAAGCGCGUGGCAAGCCGAUGAGGAAGAUAUUACCUAUUGGUCAAAGAAAGAUUUGAGAAAGGAUCCCAAGAAACUCUUUAUUCUGUCUGGGCAGCGAGGUGAUUUGGAGACUAUAAAAAGUGUUCUUCAGACUGAAAUUGGACCGGAUUGGGCAAAUCACCCCUCAAAAUUAAAGGAGUUUCUUCUGGCUCAUGACGAUGAUGGCUAUACUGCCUUGCAUCGCGCCGUUUACUCGGGUCAUGUUGAAACUGCUGAGUUCCUUUUGCGAUACGGUGCUCAAUUGGAGACCCAAACGGUUGAUGGGUGGCGACCACUGCACUCCGCCGCCUUUUGGAACCAAUUGGCUUGCGUUCAGCUUCUCUUGGAGGUUGGAGCUGAUGUUACCGCUGCGAACAACCAGACGGCAGAGACUUUGGUAUAUCUCCUUUCGCAGCUCUCUGCAGACCCAGAUGUAUUUGAAAAUAUAUGGAGACACAAGAAUGCCUCAGGAGACACGCCUGCGGAAAUGCUUGUGCGCAGUAGUUCAAUGGGAACAUUCCUGCUCAACUCGUUCGGCCCAGAGGCCACAAAUCUUGGGACGACCGCCAUGUUAUCGUCAAUGCAGGAUAUGAAGACUUUUGAUGCGGAUCACGUCGGUGGUUAUAUCGCCACACAUGACUAUCAGUUAUCAAUAAAGACUCCAGAAUGGAGGAAUGAUUUACCAGAGGAGUAUUGUGCUCAGUGGAAUUUACCAAGCGUCAUUUCACUUCCAGCGCCGGAUGUGGGUCUUGGAGUAGUCAUCAAACUCAGAGACAUUGGUGAACUUUACAGACCUUUGGCCAGUAAGUUUCUCAUUUGUCCAACUGCGUAA